AUGAUAUUCAGGUUGACAGGUAAAGAUGAGCCUUCAAGCUAUAUUUGCACAACAUGCAAGCAGCCUUUUAAUAGCGCUUGGUUCUUGCUUCAGCAUGCCCAGAACACACAUGGAUUCCGCAUCUACCUGGAAACAAGCCCUUCAAACAGUUCCCUUACUCCACGCAUCACCAUCCCUCCUCCUCUGGGACCAGAGACUGUUGCACAGUCCCCGCUGAUGAAUUUCCUUGGAGACAACAAUCCUUUCAAUCUUCUGCGGAUGACAGGACCCAUCUUGCGUGAACACCCAGGCUUUGGUGAGGGUCGGCUCCCAAACACUCCUCCACUGUUCAGCCCACCACCUCGUCAUCAUCUGGAUCCACAUCGCCUUAGUGCCGAAGAAAUGGGGUUAGUUGCCCAGCAUCCCAGUGCCUUUGACAGAGUUAUGCGUUUAAACCCCAUGGCAAUUGAGUCUCCAGCGAUGGAUUUCUCCAGAAGGCUUAGAGAGCUGGCAGGAAACAGUUCCACCCCUCCGCCAGUCUCGCCCAGUCGCACCAACCCUAUGCAUCGCCUGUUGAAUCCUUUCCAGCCAAGUCCUAAAUCACCUUUUUUGAGCACCCCGCCACUGCCUCCCAUGCCCCCCAGCAGCACUACGCCUCCCCAGCCUCAGGCCAAGAGCAAGUCCUGUGAAUUCUGUGGGAAAACAUUCAAGUUCCAGAGUAACCUUAUUGUCCACCGGCGCAGUCACACAGGAGAAAAGCCCUACAAAUGUCAGCUCUGUGACCACGCUUGCUCCCAGGCCAGCAAGCUAAAGCGUCAUAUGAAAACACAUAUGCAUAAGGCUGGCUCCAUGACAGGCAGGUCAGACGAUGGACUGUCUACCACGAGUUCCCCUGAGCCAGGCACAAGUGAACUCACUGGAGAGGGACUGAAACCUGGUGAGACAGAUUUCAGGAACGAGAGUGAUCCUUCCCUAGGCCAUGACAAUGAAGAAGAGGAAGAGGAGGAGGAAGAGGAAGAGGAGCUGGAAAAUGAGAGCAGGCCAGAGUCAAGCUUCAGUAUGGACUCAGAGCUGAGUCGUAACCGAGAAAAUGGUUCCAAAUCACUGCCAGAUGAGAAAUCCCUUGUCCUGGGAAAAGUUAUAGAGAAUGUAAGUCUCGGUGCCAUCCAGCAAUACAAUGACAUGCUAGCUGAGAAACAGAAGAGGAGUAGCUUCAUGAAAAGGUCUUCUGACCAGCGAGACUUGUGUCCUCGAGACCUCUGUCCGAGAGACACAGGUGAUGAAGACUCGGUGGUAGGAGAGCUGGACCGCACCGAGGAAGGGACGGUCAAUGGAAGAAACUUUGGCCCGGGUGAGCCCUUCCCAAACUUGUUCCCUCGCAAGCCAACACCUAUCACGAGCCCCAGUUUAAACAACUCAUCUAAAAGAAUAAAGGUUGAGAAAGAUUUGGACUUGCCACCAGCAACAAUAAUACCUUCCGAAAACGUUUACUCCCAGUGGCUGGUAGGUUAUGCAGCAUCUAGGCACUUCAUGAAGGAUCCGUUUCUAGGAUUCACAGACUCCCGACAAUCCCCAUUUGCCACCUCUUCCGAGCACUCAUCAGAGAAUGGGAGCCUGCGUUUCUCCACCCCGCCGGGGGACAUGCUGGACGGGGGGCUCUCAGGGCGCAGCGGCACGGCCAGUGGAGGCAGCACCCCCCACAUCAGCGGUCCGGGCCCCGGGCGACCCAGCUCGAAGGAAGGGCGCAGGAGCGAUACAUGUGAGUACUGUGGCAAGGUCUUUAAGAACUGCAGCAAUUUGACGGUGCACCGUCGGAGCCACACUGGAGAGCGGCCUUACAAAUGCGAGCUCUGCAACUAUGCAUGUGCCCAGAGCAGUAAGCUGACGCGUCACAUGAAAACGCAUGGCCAGAUAGGGAAGGAGGUCUACCGCUGCGACAUUUGCCAGAUGCCCUUCAGUGUUUACAGCACCCUGGAGAAACACAUGAAAAAGUGGCAUGGAGAACAUUUGCUGACAAAUGACGUCAAAAUUGAGCAGGCAGAAAGAAGCUAAGCCCCCCCCCUCCACCCCCCCCAGUCCCCGUCCCUUUCCCUCCCACCCCCGCUAGGUUAAAUUUCAGGGGUCUAGGUAACAUUUUAUUUGUACAGUUUAACUAUUGCCAACUGAGAAAAGAUGACCUAACUUGCCUCCGUAAACAUAACUUAGCAUAACUAUGGUAGGUGCCAGACUUUGGCACUUAAAUAUAACCUGUGUCUACAAAGUUCUAUUAAACCCGAGGGUUGAUUAAGGCAGUAAAAAUUGUGGAGCCUUUUAACUGUGCAAUAAUUUCUGUAUUUAUUGGGUUUUUGUAAUUUUUUGGCAUGUGCAGGUACUUUUUUAUUCUUUCUGUUUAAAUUUCUUUUAAAAUUUUGUUGGGUAUCCCUUUUUAAUUUUACCCAGUUGUAGCCUGAGAUUACUUACAUUGUAGGGGUGAAACAUAUCUUUUUAAAUUAUAAUUUUUGGGCCGCUGCUUUGUUGAAAUUUAAGCUAAGCAUGUGUAAUUUCUUGUGAAGAAGCCAGCAUUUUAACAGAGAUCUUUCUUUCUUUCCAAACCCUCCCCCCACCUCUCUUUUUUUCCUUUCCUCUUUUAAAUAACCUUGAAGAUUAGUGAAAACAAAAUUGUACAGCGGAUAACAAUCUUUAAAAUUAGCACUUUCUUUUGGAAUUGGGUGGAUUAUGUAGCACUGACAAUGUCAAUAACGAUAGAGGCCUUUUAUAGAUGGAUUUCAUCAUUAAAGUCAUGCCAGCUAAAAAGACAGAGGUGCAGAUGGCAGCUACAUUCAAAAAAAGAGUAACAUUCUUAAUUGUGCAUUAUUACAAGAUAGUUUCUUCUUGUUGUUAAAGCUAUGGCAACAGAACAGUGCCAUUUUGUUACUUUUGGGGGUCUUUUUCCCUCCCUCUUCCCCUCCUGCCACUUUUUCCACAGACAGUAAAAGUACAUCUCAAGUAUUGGUAUAUUCUUUUCAAACCUCAGAGGAGCCAAAUGCCAUCUUUUUUAAUUUUAAACUGCACAAACACAUUUCUGAGUCCAGGACGUCUGUAUGUGCCUCUCCUUAAGUCCAGAUUUGCUGUAGUUAAAGUAAUUACUAGAGAAUGGGCAAGUGGCAAUUUUUCAAUGAAAAGUCUCGACUCAGUCAUUUGUUUUGUGAAUGGAAAUAUCAGAACUAUCUUCUAUGAUGUACAAUGGCAUUAUUAUAAGGAAAGGAAAAAAUAAAUUCUAGUUGAUCUACCUAUCUUGGCAAGAUUCUGCUCCUACUGAAGUCAUUAAGAGUUUUCCCAUUGACUUAAUUAGGAACAGAAGUUAGUUGUAUUAUGAGAAAAGCAUUAUGUCAGAAAAAAAGUAAAGAAAAAUGCACCUGCUCUACUUUCAAAUUUUAAAAUUUUCAAAGCCCAUUAUGACUAAUAUUAACAAACAGUGGACAAUUAUGGUUAGAGAUUUUAAUUAUGUUGACCCGCACCUUAAAGCUUUUGUUUGUGGUUAAGAGAAAAAUGGCUUCUCAACAAGAAAUUACAUCAUAUUCUUCUACUUGGCCCAAAGGUGGGUUAAACUGUAAGGGAACAGCUGAGAUUAAGUGUCAGUGUUGCUAAGCAUGGCAUUCACAAUACUGGCACUAUAAAGAAAAAUAAAUAAAAAUAAUUUAUUGGACAGUUUUUCUACUGCCAUUCAAUUUGACGUGAGUGCCUUGAAAACUGAUCUUCCUAUUUGAGUCUCUUGAGACAAAUGCAAAAUGUUUUUGUGAAAUGAAAAGACUUUUAAAAAAAGUAAAACAAGAAAAGUACAUUCUUUAGAAAAAAAGAGCCACAUUUACUUAAAAAAAAUAAUUACUGGUUGAAGAUAGUGGACAUGAAAAUGCCAUAAGACCCAAUCAAAUGAAGAUGUAUACCCAGCACAACUUCGGACAUCCAUUAGCUGAAUUAUUCUCAGCCUUUUUUUUUUUUUCAGGACAUCGCUGCUUAGGAAAUGGAAUGGAAAUGAUUUACUGCUGAAUUAAAACUCAAAUGACACAAAUUACAAGUUGUUAUCAUUGAAUGAGAAAAAACAAUUCAGGAACAACGGCUAAUUUUUUUUUAAAAGUUAAAUUUAGUGCACUCUGUCUUAAAAUACGUUUACAGUAUUGAAUACAUACAAGGGUAAAAAAAGAAAUUGUGUGUAUGUGUGUUUGAGCAAUCUUUUUUUUUUCAAAGUUUGCUUAAUAGGUUAUUAAAAAAUGCCAUAAUGGCCAUGUGUAUAUUGUUUUCUUUUGGUGACGGGGUUUUAGUAUAUAUUAUAUAUAUUAAAAUUUCUUGAUUACUGUAAAAGUGGACCAGUAUUUGUAAUAAUGGAGAAUGCCUGGGCAUUUUACAAAACCAGAAAGAAAAAAAAAAAAAACUUUUCUUUUUUCCUUGAAAAUGUUGCAGUAAAAUUUAAAUGGUGGGUCUAUAAAUUUGUUCUUGUCACUGUAACUGUAAAGUCUUGAGUUUUAGUAAAUUUUUUUCUGCCUUGGGUGUUGAAUUUUUAUUUCAAAAAUGUAUAGAAUCUUGUAUUUGGGGAUUAAAAGGUGAUUGCUACACCAUGUAGAAAAAGUAUGUAGAAAAAAGUGCUUAAUAUUGUUAUUGCUUUGCAGAAAAAAAAUCACGUUUCUGACCUGUACCUAUUUUUCUCUUUUUUUUUCUCCCCAUUCCCCCUUCCCUUCCCCUUCUGGAAUGGAUAUUGAUAUUGGUUGAUUCAUAUGAUGUAGGCACUUGCUGUAUUUUUACUGAAGCUUGUAAUUUUUUAACUGUACGCUUGUCCUUUUAAAGGGAUUUAAUGUACCUUUUUGUUAGUGAAUUUGGAAAUAAAAAUAAAAACAAA